AUGCUUCUGGGGUUCUCAUCGCAUGCUGGUGGCUACCUAGUUGCACACGGGAGAGCUAAUCGAAAUGGACAUGAAUAUCCACAAAAUGAUGAUGGAAUUGAUGACCAGGAAAUGAAAAGUAAGGAAAGUCUCCUGAGGAAUUGUCCAUUGAUGGCUAUCAUCAUCGUGUAUUGUGUUUUUUCUCUCCAAGAGAUAGCUUACUCAGAGAUAUUCUCACUCUGGGCAGUCAGCGACAGAAGCUAUGGAGGAUUGAGUUUCUCAUCUCAAGAUGUUGGCCAAGUUUUAGCUAUAUCAGUUUGUCAUUGUCCAUCCAUAUCCCCCUUGGAUGUUUCUCGUGAUUUGAGUUGCCAUGUUUUCAGGACUUGGGCUUUUGGUCUUUCAACUUUUCGUAUACCCGCCGUUGGAAAAGGCCCUGGGACUCCUUGUGGUUGUACGUCUUUCUGCGGGGUGACCCUCCAUUUGGUGAUAAACUGUGCAUCCAUCUUAAAAAACGCUUUGUCUGUGAGUAACCCCGGAGGGAGGUCUUUUGUACUGACCACAUCUCCUCAAGUUUUAAAAUAUGUUUCGGGGAUAUUUGCAGCUAUCUCCGUUUUCGGCAUUCGGCCUCAGAGUCAGAGAGGUGCUGCUAAUGGAAUAUCUAUGACCGCAAUGUCUAUUUUCAUGUCAUUUGGCCCUGCCGGUGGAGGUGCCUUAUUUUCGUUGGCGCAAAAGAGACAAGUAGCGACGUUUCUUCCAGGUGAUGAGAUGGUGUUCUUGGUGUUGAACUUGGUACAGCUCGUAGGGUUGAUUCUAACGUUCAUACCAUACAUUUCCCGCAUCCAGUAA